GAAGAAAAGAAAGAAAAGAAGAAGCAGUGGUAGUAGUAUAUGGACGUGGUAUCCAAUGUCCGUCACACGUGUGAGUAAGGUGGACUCACACGCAUCACGCCACCCCCACUUGCCCGCGCAGAGGGUGUGUAUCCUGUGUCAGCAUUUCGCUAUUUGAAUGUUCAAAAACAAAAACACCCUACACCCCCACUCUCUCUCCCACUUCACUUCCUUCCGUUCCCUCCUUCAAUUCAACUCCAGUAACGGGCCUCCAUUAAUGCUCUCACCCCUUUCUUUCUCUCUCUAUUUAUUAUUUUUUUUCUUUUUCUUUAUUUAUUCAUCCCCCAUACUCUCACUUUCUAUUCCAUCAAUAAUCUCUUUCACUCCUGGGAUCUGCAUUCCCUUUUUCUUCUAUUUUUUUCCGACUAUUUUAGGGUUUUGCUUUGUCGCCUCCUCGAUCCGCAUUCCUUCGUCGUUGUUCAUGAUUCCUGAUGGACAAAUCGCGCCACAGCAAGUCCAAGGCAGCACCCUGCUCCACCCACCAACCCCAACUACCUCUUCCUCAAGGUCAAGGGAACAAAGAGGUUCAUAGACAGCGACAGCCUCUGAAUCUGUUGUCUCCUGAUUCUGGUUCAUCCAGUGGUGGGGUUGCAGACAAGGAUUCAUUCUCAUCUAAAUUCGGGUGGAGAUCUACGAAGCAGCUGUUUGGAACUCCGAUUAAGAAGUUAUUAGCUGAAGAGAUGUCACCGAGAGCUGAAUCCAAAAGAAGAUCACCUGGUGUGAUCGCCAAAUUAAUGGGGCUUGAUGGGCUGCCGUUCCAGCAGCCUACCAAUAAGCAGCAUAAUAAGGGUUUGUCUGUAAACCAACAGAAGACAGCACAAUUAGAAAAAACACGCAGCAAAGGAGUGCUAUAUAGUGGUCAAUCUUCUAGGGGAUGCUCAAAGGAUCAGCAAGAAUUUAAGGAUGUAUUUGAGGUCUCGGAGAUUCCAAAGGUAGAGAGCCCUAGGUAUCCAUCACAGGGGUGUGCAGACUUGAUGAGCACUGAUGCUGAAAUUUCAUUCAUUGAACAGAAGUUCAUGGAUGCCAAACGACUUGCAACUCAUCAAGAUUUACAGUCUUCAAAGGAUUUCUGUGACACACUCGAGGUUUUGGACUCUAACAAGGAUCUUCUGCUAAAAUACUUUAAGCGGCCAGAUUCUUUGUUUAAAAAGCAUCUAAAUGAUCUUCAAGCUGCUCCUAUCCAAUCACAUUAUGGUCAUGUAGAAGCUAUGGAUAUUGAGAAGUAUGAUCAUGACUUCAAUUUGAUGUCAGAUGGGGAGAAAACACGGUUGAACUACAAUAGAUCAUCUCAUGAGAAGCAUCAUGAUGGUUAUCCUUGUGAUCUUGACAAAAGACAUGUGAUGCAUAUUUCACCAAAAUCAUCAAAGCUUCUAUUUAAGGGUACAUAUGAGCAAAAGGCAGUCACCUCGCAGAUUGUCCUCUUGAAACCUAAUCUUGGAAAAGUGCAGAAUGGUACCAGAAUUGUGUCAUCACCUUGUUCUUCACACAAUUUUCUGUCAGGGCGUGAAAAUGACACUGAACUGUGUCAACCGACAAAUUUGCCUGAAAGUGCCAUGUCUUGGAGGCAGGAUUCUUUUGAAUCUAGAGAAAUUGCAAAGGAAGUCACUAGGCAAAUGAAAAUUAGUCUUCACAGUGGUGGCAUGAAGCUUUCCACCUCUAGAAUUAGAGGAUAUGCUGGGGAUGAUAGUUCAUGUAGUGUUUCUGGGAAUGAAUCUCCUGAGGAGUCUGAGGAAACAACUGCAACUUUGGGAAAUUCGAUUGACUUAAACAACCGUAGCAGGCGAUCAUCCCGAUCUAGUGAAUCUUCUGUCAGUAGAGAGGCAAAGAAGAGAUUAUCAGAGAGGUGGAAAAUGACACAUAAGUCUCAAGAGCUGCAAGGCAUCAGCAGGAGCAACACACUGGCUGAAAUGCUUGCCGUCCCUGACAAGGUAUUGAAGGCUGCUAAUUCAUACAGCAUGGCUAGUGGGGAAGGUUUCCAUGAUAAAUUUACUCCCAAUAGUCAACCUUCUAAGUGGGUUGAACCAUUGGGUAUCAGCAGCAGGGAUGGUUGGAAGGACGGAUGCAUUGGUAGUCUGUCGAGGUCAAAAUCCCUUCCUUCUUCAUCUGCUGCUUUUGGAAGUCCUAGAAGAUUCAUGCGCACUGAAGCACUUCUUGAUGAGCGAUUUAUGGUGCCAAAGGAAGCUCACAGAUGUGAGAGGAGAAGAUCUGGUCACAAGAAGUCUAGGUCUUUGCAUUCAUCAAUUCCCAAUAAAUUGAAAAUCAGUCUCAAAGAUUCUCCCAAGCUUGAGGUUCUAGCUAGUGAAUCUUUAUCUGAGAUUGUAAGAGAUGCGGUUGAUGAUGAUGUGACAAGUGAAAGUAAAGUUGGGUCUGAACCUUCUACUAAGGUGCUUCCUGAAUCAUCUUCUCACCUUUUGACAAAAGACAACAGUAGUGCAGACCUAGACAAUUCAAUACACCAGGAUCUAUCAGCUGGGUCAUCUGGUGGAAGUUCAGUCCUCAAUGAACCUCCCGUUCGUGUUCCUGGACUUGAAGCUUCUUGCUGUAAAGAUGCUGAUCAGCCCAGUCCUGUCUCAGUCCUGGAGUCUUCUUUUACAGAUGAUGUGUCAUCUUGUUCUGAUUGUUUUGAAAGUUUGAACAAUGACCUACAAGGGCUUCGAAUGCAACUCCAGUUGCUGAAGUUGGAAUCUGAUGAAUAUGUGGAGGGGCCCAUGGUAGUAAGUGAUGAAGAUGGUGGGGAAGCAUCUACUGGAAUGCUAGAAGACAAAGGAUUACGUAGGACUGAAGAUAGCUGGGAGUGUUCCUACAUUAUUGAUGUCUUGUCUGAAUCUGGCAUCGAUGGAGCUCAGCCAGAUACAAUUUUGGAACUUUGGCAUUCCCUAGAAUGCCCUGUGAGUCUUUCUGUUUUUGAUGAGCUUGAAAAGAGGUAUGGUGAUUGGACUACUUGCUCAAGGUCUCAAAGGAGAUUGCUUUUUGACCGUAUUAAUUUGGGAAUUGUCAAGAUCAAUGAGCAAUGCACUCAUGCACUACCAUGGGUGGGUCCAGUGACCGCAAAUGUUAUUGGUUCUAAUUUGAACAAGAACGGGUUUCGAGAUGGCCUUCUGAGGAUGUUAGUGAGAGAAGGAAAAGUGAAGGGUGAUGCUCUGGGGAAGGUGCUGGUUAUGGAAUCAGAGUGGCUGGACUUGAGAGAUGACAUUGAUGUCGUAGGCAGGGAAGUUGAGAGAAUGUUGUUAGAUGAUUUAGUGUCAGAGAUAAUCGGUACUUAGAAAUUUUGUACCCGUGAUCAUAUUAUUAGCUCAUUAAGAUAGUUUUCCAGUUUUUUUCUCUCUUUCUUUUCUUUUUUCUUUGGUGAAAUUAGAUAGUUUCCCAGUGAUGUAAAUCGAAUAGGACAAUGUUAAUUUCAUCAAAAGAUGAAUAAAGAGGUCAUAAUCUUUCGGCAACUUA